AUGAGAAUGUAUCGACCCUGACUUCCUGUUCCGGUUGAGAGUUGCUAGUGUGGAGUUUUAAUUUAACAGCAGUGGUCGGCCAGUAACCGUGUAAAUUCGGUUUCAUUAGAUUCCAUCGCAGGUAUAACUUUGGUUAUGGUGAAUCCACCAUCUUAUGUGGUAUAUUUGACUUCACAUUAAUCGCAAUUUGUGGUAGCUAAUAAGUUAAGUAUUGCUAAUAAGUAUUACAGCUGUUAUUAGCUGCAGUAGAAGCGAGGGAUGCUUUGAACUGCUAGCUAACGUUACAGUUACCAAGUGACGAAGUAAACCUGUUUCCCUUUGUAAGAAAGGGACUCUCUUUAAUCUAGUGUGGCGAUGAGUGGCUAUUUAGCAAGCUAGCUCAAUUUAAAUAAUAAAACGACACACACAUUGUUGUAUUGGCGUGCUUGCUGGUUAGCCAAAUGACGUGAGGAUAUAUAAUGGAAGAAGAGGGGAAAGUUUCAGCAUGUUCGGCAGCUGAAGAUACUUCUGCCAAAGAAGAAAUAUGGUGCUUGAGAAGAGUCGGGAAGACUUCAGAUUGGCUUCGCCUGUUCGAGGAUACCGAGGUGACGCUCGGACGAUCCUUGAACGUGACUUACCAGCUGCUCUCUCGGUCCUGUCCCUUAAUGAUAUCCAGACAGCACUGCGUGUUCAAGCAAAAUGACGACGGGCAGUGGACGAUAACGGACAAAAAGAGCCUGAACGGCGUGUGGGUGAAUGGGGAGCGGCUCACAGCCGACCGGGCGUGGCCCCUCAGCGCCGGCGACUCGGUGCGGCUGGGCUUCCCCGUGGAGGGGGCGCCGGCGGAGUUCGAGUACGUGCUGGUGCGGGACGCCCUGCAGACCGUGCGGCCCUUCCUGGUCCCGCCGCGGGGCGGGGCAGAGGCCACGGCCACGCCCAGAGCCAAGAAGAGCAAGCGGAAGCUGGAGGAGGCGGAGCCUGAGACCGAGCCGUCCCGGGCCAAGCUGUUCCGCUGUGCCAGCGAGGACCGGUCCCUGACCGAGCCCUGCCCGCUGACCCAAACGCAGCCCGGGGGCGAGGUCCCGGGCCCCAGCGUGCCUGCCACGGGGCCCCGCGGCAACCUGAGCCCCGCCCAUCCCCGUCCCCAUGGCGACAGCGACAGCCCGCAGCCCGGCACCGAGCAGGACCGGCGGUCAGACGACUCUCUCUGCCGCGAGGAGGUGUGUCUACAGGUGGGGAGGAGCCUUCAGGCGGAGGAGAAGCUGAAGAAAAGGCUGGAGGAGGCCCUGCAGGAGCAGCGGAAGGUGAUGGAGGAGCUGAAGUGUUCUCGGCAGGGCUUCGAGCAGAUCCUCCAGGCCAAAGACAAGGAGCUGGAGGUGACCAAGGAGGAGAAGGAACAGGCUCGGGCUCAGAAGGACGAGGUGGUGAUUCAGAUGACAGAUGUUUUGGAGAACGAGCUGCAGUGCAUAAUCUGCUCUGAGCUGUUCAUCGAGGCAGUCACGCUCAGCUGCGCACACAGCUUCUGCCUGCACUGCAUCGGGGCGUGGCGGCAGCGCAGCGGGGCGUGUCCCAUCUGCAGGCAGGACAUCCUGUCGCAGACGCGCUCGCUGGUGCUGGACAACUGCAUCGACCGCAUGGUGGAGAGCCUGAGCACGGAGCUGAAAGAGCGCCGCCAGGACCUCAUCGCCCAGCGCAAAGUGCAGCCGGCCGCAGACCCAGUGGUUGUAAUCAGUGACGAGGAGAGCCACGCCAGCAGCAGCGUCAGCGGCAGCAGCCUGCUGGAUCUCGCCGACACCUUCGACGAGAGCGAGCUCUUCUCCGACGGCCUGUCCCUCGCCUCGCUGGACGAGACCAGCCUCAGCCUCUGGUCCGAUGACAGCUUCAGCAGCGAAGAUGGUUCCUCCUCCUCCUCCUCCUCUUCCUCCUCCUCCAGCGAUGACAACAACGCUUAGGCCCCGCCCACCACAGCUAUGGACAUGGUGCCUUGGCCCCUCCUACAGCGACCCAGUUAAAGGGAGCUAAUAAACUGUUAAAUAAAUCCCAUUUUCCUUUACCUCCACGUUCAAAUGAUUUAGUUUACAUUUCAUAUGAUUGUACAUUUUUAUUGUUUUUUUGUGUUUUUGUUUUGUUAUUUUUCCAGAAGUGAAUAAAGUAACUUCAAGAUA